GUUUCGUUAACGUGACUGCACGAGUUAGUAAAAUUGCAACAAAAUGUCUGGUCGCGAAGGUGGUAAAAAGAAACCAUUGAAGGCACCGAAAAAAGAAAGCAAGGAAAUGGAUGACGAUGAGAUUGCCUUCAAGCAAAAACAAAAGGAAGCACAGAAAGCGCUCGAGCAAGCGAAACAACGUGCGUCACAAAAGGGUCCAUUGGUGGGAGGAGGAAUCAAGAAAUCGGGAAAGAAAUGAUACUACCGCAGGCAUAUUUUGUGAAUCGAUUAAUGUUCAUAACUACAUAAAUGUUGCACAUCUAACACAGAUGCAAAACAAAAAAAUAUGUAAAAUUGCCGAGUAAAAGCAGACUUUAUUUAAUAAAUUUUUGUAAAUAAAAUAAGAAAAUGUGUGUUAA